AACCCCAAGAAAACCCAUCAAGGCGAAAAAGAAACGAAAGAUGGGUCUAAUCUCAAGUUCUUGGAGCUUUAAGAAAUUCUUCGCAAUAGUUUUUGUCGCCUUCGCCAUCUCCGGUGAAUUCGUUGCAGGAUAUUACAGGCCCAGCCCGUGGAGAUACGCUCAUGCUACUUUCUACGGCGACGAAACCGGUAGUGAAACCAUGGGUGGUGCAUGUGGGUACGGAAACCUGUUUAACAGUGGCUACGGCUUGGACACGGCGGCGCUAAGCACGACGUUAUUCAAAGACGGUUACGGAUGCGGCCAAUGUUUCCAAAUAGUCUGUGUGAACUCGAAACAUUGUAACUAUGGACGCCCAUCGACGGUGGUCACAGCCACCAACCUUUGCCCUCCUAAUUGGUACCAAGACUCCAACAAUGGUGGUUGGUGCAAUCCUCCUAGAACCCAUUUCGAUAUGGCUAAACCGGCUUUCAUGAAACUCGCUUACUGGAGGGCCGGUAUCAUCCCUGUUGCAUACCGAAGAGUCCCAUGCAAAAGAAGUGGAGGUAUGAGGUUUCAAUUCCAAGGCAAUUCUUAUUGGCUUCUCGUCUUCGUCAUGAAUGUCGGCGGCGCAGGAGACAUAAAAAGCAUGGCCGUGAAAGGUAGCCGGACGAAUUGGAUAAGCAUGAGCCACAACUGGGGAGCCUCUUACCAAGCUUUUUCCUCUCUCUAUGGUCAGUCUCUUUCUUUCCGGGUUACUUCUUACACAACCGGUGAAACCGUCUACGCUUGGAACGUUGCUCCGGCUAACUGGAACGCCGGUAUGACUUACAAGAGUGGCGCCAAUUUUCGCUGAAAUUAUGGUUUUGACCUUGAAAAAACAAAUGGGAUUUCUUCUUUUCUCUCUUUUUUUGUUUUGUUUUUGGGAUGUUUACAAGUUUCGGUGGCCUUGUGUUGUUACUGGCCCGGCUUUAAGUUAUACAUCUACAUGAAUG